GUGGUAAAUCAGCAAAGGCUAAUUCAAAAUGGCGGAUGCAAAAGUGCCAAAAGCGAGUGGGAAAUAUUUCCAAACUUUGGUUAAUUCCACAGAAAGCUUUGCCGAUGAAAAGGUUUGUGUGAUUGGGAUUUUUGGAAAAGGAAGUUUUGGCCACAAGUCAAAGGCAUUCCAUGUGAAUUCAGCAGUGGAAAAGAACUUGUUUGACCUUGCGUUUAUUGACAAAUAUUUGAAGAAUGUCCAUGAUGUGAUGCCUUGUAAAAUAGAAGUUUAUCAUGACAUGGAGCAGAGGAUUAUAUAUCUCCACCUCCAGUCUUUAUAUGAUGCCUCACACCUUGCCAACCUCGCUGAGCAAGCACACAAAGAGUACUCAAAUUCUGAAUCUCAUCGCUAUUGGAAGACCCAUGAGUAUUACCAUGCUUGUGCCAUGGUGUUUCUCUUCUCAGUCUGUCAUAUCAUGGUGCUUGUUCAUCCAACUGCCACAUUUGAUCUGAAUUAUGUCCGUCUCUUCAGAGCAUUAGCAACCGCAAGACAUCAGCUGCUGCCCCAGAUUGCUCAGUGCUUGAACACAGUGGAGGACCUGCCUGAUAUCUGGAGACAAACUGGCAGGCCAUGCAUCCCAAGACUCAUCUGCUCGUUCAAACAAAUUGUUGGGUUCUCGUCAAUGGAUCCCACAUCAACUAGCAGUGGAGCUAAAGAUACCUAUGCAAGUAGAGCUAAAGUUAAGACGCAGAACACUAAUCCACUGAAGAAACUCCAGCAUUCCCUUGAAGAUCAAAUCUAUUCUAUCUUGAGAAAGGCUAGGCUUCUAGGAAGCUUAAGCUCCAGCUCCCUUUUUACAGUCAGCUCAAACCAUGCCUUUGUGCAUGUUCAGCCGAACACUGCUUCCUUUGACCCAAUCAAUAUUCUACUGAACAAGCUUGCCAUGCCUGCUAUCAAAACAAAGUGGGCUGAAAAUAGCAGUUUGCUCAAAGGCACAAGUUUCACGAGGAGGAUUAAUUCUUCCACAAGAGACCCCUGUUCAAUUGAAUGGAUGGGAGAAGAUGUCCUUUUUAAAGACUACCUUAAGCAACAGAUUGACCAUCUGAUGACUGGCGAUGCAGGACGUGACGGAGUGGCAGAGGGCCGCAGGGGUACUCAUGUAGAGGUACCUUCAUGUCGCCAGUGGGCGCGUGUCUCAGCUGCACUCUUCGAACUUUUCCUGGGAGCCAAGCCAGACACACCUGCACGCUUCACGGGUCUAGCAUCCCAGCUAGACUUAGACAUGAAGUUCUCAGAAGGGCGAUGCUUAAAAGUCCUGCCUCUAGCAACUAGUGCAUAUCUGGAGAAUCUCCCCUCCCAUUACACGCACAGCGUGCAUCUAAAUCAGCUAUCACAGGCUCUGCGAGUGUUUGCUCUUCACGCCCGAGGCCCUGCAUUCGAGCACUGCGCGGCUCAACUGCAAGACGACUGCAAUAAGGUUUGGCUGAAUGGGCGACAGCUGUGCGAGGAACGAAGCUUGACAGGCAGACACUGUGUUUAUCCGUUCCAUAAAGUUCCUGAAGACCUGAGCGAGUACUUGUCUGAGAAAUCCAAAGAAGAUAGCAAUGUUCCAUGCAAACCGCAUUCUAGCCGUAUCACCAGCCUUUGCGCUUGCAAUUGCGGCAGAACUCAGGAGCACCGGGAAGACCCGUUCGACAUCAGAACUGCCAAUUACGAUUUCUUCAAAGUCCUGGAAGACAAGUGCUGUGCAUACCUCGUCCAUCUCGUCUUCCCUUGUCAUCCGAAUUUCUCCCUGUCCAAACCCCCUGAGAUAUCCCUCAAGGACGCCGAGCCGAUCGAAGAUCCGCCCCCCCUUGACAUGCCCGACGAAAGUAAAUCUCUCCUUGCAAGUGAGGAUAAUCCGGGGGGAGUCGCAGAGGAACAGCAGCCAAAGGAGGAAAAGGAAUCAUUGCCCGUUGGGGGAAUCAUUCCAAUCCCAAAGUCUGCUCUGGCGACUCGCGAUAAAGCUGGAAGCCAAACCGGAAGUACUGAUCAAACCGGAAGUCAUGGACAGGGAGCCCACGGUCAAAGCUUGAGCUCUAUUUAUAGCCUUGGUGGCUUCCAUUCCGCGCUAGAGACCGGGUUUCACGAAGGGACUGAGUUUAAGAGCGUGACGUCUGGGGGGCUGGUUGGAGACGCUAGUACUGUAGGGUCAGAGGACAUGCUAAGCUCAGUCGAGCCACACAAUGUACAUGGCACAGAGUCUAGUGUGCAACAAGGCAAUCAGACACCUACCAUGCUACCUACAAUGAUCAGUGACCAGUCACCGCCUGGUCUGCUACCACCCUUCCCUUCCUGGUCCUUGUGUCGCCUCGGGAGCUCUUCUUCGUACCAGCCGGCAAAAGGCUUAGAGCAGCCAGGCUUUUUCCCAAGUAGUAAUUUCCUACUUGCAUGGGACAUCCCUCUGAUAAACGAUUCCCAAUCAGACGUGACUAGCCAGUUUGACGGUCAGAGCAAGCAUUUUGGCGUUAAGUCGACGGCAGACGAGGCAUGGCCGGCCCCGAAUGAGCUCCCUACAGUAGCCGGAAGCAGCACAACGCUACCUCUGCACCAGGCCCUCAGCUUUGCACGCCAUCAGUAUGCUGAUGCUAAGGGACCUGGGCACCAGCUGACGUCAGGGAAGGGCGGGCCAACUGGCACGAGUAGAGCACGUGGCCGGAGUAUUCGAGAUGCGGGCCCGCCCACUGUCAGGGCGUACAUUGGCGACGAGUACGAGUGCCCACGCGGACACAGAUUUAUAUGCUCCGGUCCAGACAAGAUGGUGAAGGCCACAAGCUCUGGUCACGUGAAGGAAACAGCGCACAAGCUCGUGAACAUGGAUAUGCCGCUCUACUUCCCUUGCCCCUGCCGCUCAUCCAAACCCCUCCACGCCCAACUCAUACGUGUCUACGUCUGCACCCCGGACACGCCCAUAACUCUAUCCCUUAGCCCGUGGGUCCAGCCCGCAGCCCCACCCUGCCCGGUGUUCUACCCUGGGGUGGAGGGAGGGGUGUCCUUGCCCCCCGCAAGUCUGUGCGUCCUGCGGUUCCCGUACGUGUACGUUGGAAGUGAUGGACCCAUUCUGCCCCCUGGGGACUCCCAGCCAUUGCUGUCCUGUCGAGUGUUGAAGGGGAUGUUUACUAUUGUGGGGCGGGAGUGAGUGCACAGGGCGUGGUGAUGGAUAACCUACAGAGAAGAGAUGGUGAUAGGAGUAAGUGCACAGGACAUGGUGGAUAACAUGCAGAGAAGAGUUUGUGGUAGGAGUACAAACACAGGGCGUGGUGAUGGAUAAUCUACAGAGAAAAGAUGGUGGUAGGAGUACAAACACAAGGCUUGGUGAUGAAAAACGUACAGAGAAGAGAUGGUGAUAGGAGUAAGUGAACAGUACAUGAUGGAUAACAUGCAGAGAAGAGAUGGUGGUAGGAGUACAAACACAGGGCGUGGUGAUGGAUAACCUACAGAGAAGAGAUGGUGAUAGGAGUAAGUGCACAGGACAUGGUUGAUAAAAUGCAGAGAAGAGAUGGUGCUAGGAGUACAAACACAGGGCGUGGUGAUGGAUAACCUACAGAGAAGAACUGGUGGUAGGAGUACAAACACAGGGCUUGGUGAUGAAAAACGUACAGAGAAGAGAUGGUGAUAGGAGUAAGUGCACAGGAUAUGAUGGAUAACAUGCAGAGAAGAGAUGGUGGUAGGAGUACAAACACAGGGCGUGGUGAUGGAUAACCUACAGAGAAGAGAUGGUGAUAGGAGUAAGUGCACAGGACAUGGUUGAUAAAAUGCAGAGAAGAGAUGGUGCUACGAGUAAGUGCACAGGACAUGGUUGAUAAAAUGCAGAGAAGAGAUGGUGCUAGGAGUACAAACACAGGGCGUGGUGAUGGAUAACCUACAGAGAAGAGAUGGUGAUAGGAGUAAGUGCACCGGACAUGGUGGAUAACAUGCAGAGAAGAGAUGGUGCUAGGAGUACAAACACAGGGCGUGGUGAUGGAUAACCUACAGAGAAGAGAUGAUGUUGUUAGGGUGUUAUCCGUCGGAUCACUCUAUGAUUGCCUAUGCUCCCCAAGAUGGUGAAUGUUGAAGUGAUACUCAUACGGACAUGGUCCUUGGAAGUAAAAGGACAUUUAAAUACAAAGAUACGAGUUUGGGGGAGACAAAGAUGACUUGAAGUUUUUCCUAGAUUUUACCGGAAAUAAAAGGGGAGUUGGAGCGAUCCCAAAAAUAGAGGGGGUAAAAUGCUUCUGUUCCCCCCCCAGUUUAAAAUACAGGAAGUACGGGUAAAAUAAUGUCCUCCGCUCAAAAAGGUUGUAGAGUAGUAUGCGUUAGAGAGUAUGUGCGUUAAACGUGAGCGCCAACAUUAUUGAAAAAAUAAUAAACCGGGUCAAGCAA